GCAAAAGCUCCAAGUGCAAGAAGUUACAGUAGUAUUGUAGCCGUUGUUGUUCGGCAAAGCUAAGUUGUAGUUUGAGUGAUGGCGAAAGUUCUAUUAGGCAUGCCAGGACCAUGGGCUGAUGAUUUUCAUGAAUCAGCUGAUCAUUAUACAACAAAAAUCGGUGGAGUACCUGAUUGGCCACUUCCUAAGGAAUCCUUGCCACCGAACCUGCUAGAGUGUGGUGCUUGUGGAAGUAAACUAUCUCUUGUUGCGCAGGUUUAUGCUCCAGUUUCAAGUAAAGACUUACAAGUUGAAGAGCGUACUCUUUUUGUUUUUGGCUGUCUGAUGGCAAAGUGUGGGAGCACUCCUCUAAGCUGGCGAGCUCUUCGUCUUCAAAAACCAGGCGAUGUAGAGCAAUCAAGUACCAAAUCUCAGGAACUGAGACCUAUGGCUUCACCAUCUGUAUCGGUUUCAAACAAAAGCUGGUGGGAGGAUUUGGAUGAUGAAGAUGAAGAUAUUGAUUUGGAUGAGUUGAGUAAAGCACUUAACGAUGCUGCGAGCUGCACAUCUCAUACCAAAAAACCACAUGCAAAUGAAUGUAGUAAGCCUGUGACAAAACUGUCACCUUCAAGUCAGUUGGAAAAAGUAGCAGACGCAAAUAUACAUGUGCUGCCAUGUUUUUAUCUAUACACUCAAGAAGAGCCAUCUUCAAAGGAUCUUACUUCCAUGUGUUCAAACUACUCAUCACUUUCCAUGAAAAAUAACUCAAAUGAUGAGGAUGACCAUGUACAGAGUGAAACAUGGGCAGAGGAAGCGUAUGAAUAUGAUAAAGCUUUAACAGCAGACAGGACAUACCUUAAGUUUAAGAAACGGUUGGAUGCAAACCCAGAACAAUGUUUCAGAUAUUCAUAUGGUGGAAACCCCCUCCUAGCUACACAGGCCGAAGGCGACCCUGAGAGAUGUACAUUGUGUGGUGGACCAAGGCAUUACGAAAUGCAGCUAAUGCCUCCAUUAUUAUAUUUUCUUCAAGGAGCUGCUGAUGAUUGCCAAAGACAGUCCCUGGAGAACUGGAACUGGAUGACACUUGCAGUAUAUACUUGUUCCCAGAGCUGUUCUCAAUAUAUUGAUCAAGGAAAUUCCCCGGCGAACUGGCUCGUGACAGAGGAAGCUAUUUUUGUACAACUGGAGCAAUCCUUUGCCCAGGUAGCCGAAUAAAGCUAUAAAUCAUAAUCCGCCAUUCUUCUGGGAUACAAGACAGUGAAGACACAGUACACUCCAUAGAGUAAUACAUGUGAGAGGGCAGUGGGGGGCAGCCUUCUUAACUUUGCUACUGAUGCGGUUGUUGUGUAGCAUUGGCAUGCAACUGAUGGUAGACUAAAGUUUUGCUUGUUGAUUAGAAUAGUUUCGGUUGUUGAAGAGCUCAAAGAAUUUGGAUAUACCUGUAGAACAUAUUGAAUGUAGGUAAUGUCGAUGAGUUUACAAGUCUGUCGUGUCAUGAACAGUGUUUGUGAAACUGUUACAAAGCUGUAUAUGUUGUGUGAAGGGGACAUGGCAAUGCCCUUAAAAGUGCAAGAUGAGCAGUGUUAGGAUCAACUGAAGCUGGCAGCUAGCUUAGAGUUUAUAUGAGAUAAUAAGCCCUCAUCAUUGCACGCGAUGGAGGCUUGGAUUUGGCAACUGCCCUGACGGAAGGAUUCUAAUCCUUUCAAUAGACAGCCGAAAACAUUUAUCGG